AUGAGAACAUAUAUGUGUUUUUUAGUAAUAAUUUUGGUAUCUUAUUUAAAACAAAAUACCAAUGCAGAUCAGGAGAAAUACUCUGAUAUGAAAGGACUUGAUGAUUUGUCUCAAUUAAGUGAUGACAAAGUAAUGGAAAUUUUAGGAUUAAACAUACAAGGUGCUAAAGAAAGAUUAGAAAAAAUAUUUCACAUAAUUGACAAGAAUAAUGAUAAAGUAUUAAGUGUUGAAGAAUUAGAAACAUGGUCAAAUUUUGUAAAGAAUGAAGUAUUUCUAAAACAAGUACAAGUGGAAAUGAAACAAAUUGAUACAGAUAAGGAUGGAUAUAUUUCAUUAACUGAAUUAAAUGAUGCUUUUUCUCAAAAUUUAGAUGAAAAAGAAGUAGAAAAACAUUCUGAAGGAUUAUUAAAAAGAUUCCAAAUUGUUGAUAAGGAUAAAGAUAAUAAAUUAAACAUUAAUGAAGUUGGUUUAUUAGUUGAUCCAGUAAGAGAUGAAGAAUUAAAAGAAUUAGAAAUCUCCGAAAUUUUAGAACAUCAUGAUGUAAAUAAAGAUGGAAGAAUAUCAUUAGAAGAAUUCAAACAAACAAGAACAGAUGAUCCAAACUCUAAAAAAGAUGAUGAUAUGGCACUUGAAGAUUUUAAUUUCUUUGACUCUAAUAAAGACGGGUUUAUAGACAAAGAAGAAAUUGUCAAGGUUUAUUUUGACCCUUCACAUGAAACAGGUUCAAUUAAUAUAAAUGAAAUAAAAGAAGGAGUUUUUGAAGGUAAAGAAAUCACUUAUGAUUUAUGGAAUGAAAAGGCUUUAAAAAUUGCUGUAACAUCUUUAACUGAUUAUGGUGAUAUUGUCAGAUAUCCAGAAGAUUUUAAAUUAGAUAUUGGAAAAAAUGUCGUUUUACCAUCAUCAAAAGAUCAUACUAGUGAAGAAGAAGAUUUAGAUCAAGAUGAAUCGGAAGGAGAAGAUGAUAAAGAUGAAGAAAGUGCAAAUGAGACAGAAGAAAAACAGCAAACUACCGACGAAUUAUAG